GACAGCAGCACUGCUCAUGUGUAAACAAACCGAAAAAGAAAGAAACAAUUAUUAAUGCGGUUUUUAAAACAGUUUAAAAGCAUUCUACAAUUGCAUCUGAAAGCAAAACAAAGAACUUGUAGCGAACUUUCGUGGUUUCCCAAAAUGCUAAACCCCAAAAGCGUGCGAAGUGCCCAGACGCAACAUGGCGAGGGCUCAUCCGUGGACGUGGAGAACAUAUUCCUGCACAGAUUUAUGUUGUCUGUGGAACCGGUCAGCAGUAUUGGUGGUCAAGAUGCGUCUGCUUCCUCUGCGCCGGAAUGUGUAUGGUUUCACAGUGACACAGAUAUUGGAUCUGCAGAAAAGGAAGAUCCAGAAACUCCGGUUUCCCUAUCAAAACAACCAACGGAAGAACCAUCUGCACCGGAAAAACGAAAGGCUGACUCCACAGAGGAUGAAGGUAAUGCCAAGAAGCCCAAGUUCGACGACGAAAAGGACAGAAAAAUCAAGCGACCAGGUUUCAGUGACGAAAGAUACGACGAAACAUCGUAUUACUUUGAAAACGGCCUAAGAAAGGUUUAUCCCUACUUCUUCACCUUCACAACAUUCGCCAAAGGACGCUGGGUUGAUGAGAAAAUACUCGAUGUCUUUGUUCGUGAAUUCCGGGCUGCUCCGCCAGAAGAAUACGAACGAAGUUUGGAGGCUGGUAAACUGACUGUUAAUAACGAGAAGGUUCCCAAGGACUAUAAAAUCAAGCAUAACGAUCUGCUGGCCAAUGUCGUUCACAGACACGAAGUCCCUGUUACUUCACAGCCCAUCAAAAUAGUGUACAUGGAUAAGGAUAUUGUGGUAGUAAAUAAGCCGCCAUCGAUACCAGUUCAUCCUUGCGGUCGUUAUAGACACAACACUGUGGUUUUCAUACUGGCCAAGGAGUACAACCUGAAGAACCUGAGAACCAUACACCGAUUGGAUAGGCUCACUUCUGGUUUGCUUCUAUUUGGACGCACCGCCGACAAGGCCCGGGAAUUAGAGCAGCAAAUUCGAACGAGACAAGUGAAAAAGGAAUAUGUGUGUAGAGUACAGGGACGUUUUCCAGAUGGAAUCGUUGAAUGCAGUGAACCCAUAGACGUGGUUAGCUACAAAAUCGGAGUUUGUAGGGUCUCACCCAAGGGUAAGGACUGUAAAACCACAUUUCAAAGAAUUGGCGAGGAUGGCGACUGCAGCAUUGUUCAUUGCAAACCUCUCACAGGACGAAUGCAUCAAAUCCGAGUGCAUUUACAAUAUUUGGGUUAUCCCAUAUCCAACGAUCCCUUGUACAACCAUGAAGUGUUUGGUCCUUUAAAGGGUAAGGGAGGCGACAUUGGUGGAAUUAGCGACGAACAGCUGAUCAAUAAUUUAAUCAGCAUACAUAAUGCUGAGAAUUGGUUAGGCGUUGACGGAGAAAUCCAGGCAGAUGUAGCGAGUACCACAAAUAAUAAAGUACAAAAGGAAAUCAAGGCUGAGUCUGUGAUAGCAGCUUCAGUAAAAGAACACAAUGUUGAUGCUUCUACACAAACGUGUCAUGAGGAACCAGACAGAUCUUAUGAUCUCAAAAAGUCCACUUCAGAUCCCCAUUGUCACGAGUGCAAACUUAAUUAUAGGGAACCCGAAGAAAAAGAUCUGAUAAUGUACUUGCAUGCUUGGAAAUACAAGGGCCUCAACUGGGAGUACAAGACAGAGCUUCCUGACUGGGCUUGUAAAACACAAAUUAAUUACGAAGAGUUGUGAAUCAAUAAAAGUUUUCCUAAUUUUUUA